AUGGCACGCAAGGUAGCCAAAGAGCCACAAAUGCGACCUUUUGCUGAUGAACACUUCCCGGCCUCCCGGAUGCAAGAGCGCAUCGAGUGUGUGUGCUUGUUGUACAAUGGCACCUCCACAGCCGAAUACGGCGGGCUGGGUGAUGAGCGCUGGUACUUCUCGGACACGAGUCUGUGCAGAACACGGCAUGAUCCAAGUGGCGCACUAGGCUAA